CUCCGCGGCCGGGGAGAAAGAGAGAGGGCAGAGGCUGGGCCGGGCCCGGAACUGCGGAGGCGGCGGCGGGUCAUGGACCGGUUCGUGUGGACGAACGGCCUCCUGGAGAUCAACGAGACGCUGGUGAUUCAGCAGCGCGGGGUCCGCAUCUACGACGGCGAGGAGAAGAUCAGAUUUGAUGCUGGAGUCCUUCUCCUUAGUACACACCGCCUCAUCUGGAGAGAUCAGAAAAAUCAUGAAUGUUGCAUUGCUAUUCCUCUUUCCCAAAUUGUAUUCAUUGAAGAACAAGCAGCUGGUAUUGGAAAAAGUGCCAAAAUAGUGAUUCAUCUUCAUCCAACUUCUUCCAACAAAGAGCCUGGCCCUUUCCAAAGCAGCAAGAGCUCCUACAUCAAACUCUCUUUCAAAGAGCAUGGCCAGAUUGAGUUUUAUAGGCGUUUAUCAGAAGAAAUGACUCAAAGAAGAUGGGAGAAUAUGCCAGUGUCCCAAGUAAUGCAAAGGAAGAGUGGACAAGAGCCAGGAAGAGUAAGGGCUGUAGGAAUUGUAGGAAUUGAAAGGAAGCUAGAAGAAAAGAGAAAAGAAACUGACAAAAACAUUUCCGAGGCUUUUGAAGACCUCAGCAAACUCAUGGUUAAGGCAAAGGAAAUGGUCGAAUUAUCCAAAUCUAUAGCUAAUAAAAUUAAGGAUAAACAAGGUGAUAUCACAGAAGAUGAAACCAUCAGGUUUAAAUCCUACUUGCUGAGCAUGGGAAUAGCUAAUCCAGUUACCAGAGAAACACAUGGCUCCGGCACUCAUUACCAUAUGCAACUGGCAAAACAACUUGCUGGAAUACUGCAGGUGCCUUUAGAGGAACGAGGGGGAAUAAUGUCGCUCACGGAGGUGUACUGCUUAGUGAACCGAGCUAGAGGAAUGGAACUACUCUCACCAGAGGACUUAGUAAAUGCUUGUAAGAUGUUGGAAGCGUUGAAAUUACCUCUCAGGCUCCGAAUUUUUGACAGCGGUGUCAUGGUCAUUGAGCUUCAGUCCCACAAUGAGGAGGAAAUGCUUGCUUCAGCUUUAGAGACAGUAUCAGAAAAGGGAUCUCUCACAUCUGAAGAAUUUGCCAAACUUGUAGGAAUGUCUGUUCUUUUAGCCAAAGAGAGGUUGCUUCUUGCUGAAAAGAUGGGCCAUCUUUGCAGAGAUGAUUCAGUGGAAGGCUUGAGGUUUUAUCCAAAUUUGUUCAUGACCCAGAGUUAAAUAUUUUGUAAUUGUAUUCUUUACCCAUAUCCUUUCAUCAUGCAAUGACUGAAUGACAGACAGCUAUGAGAUAAACCUUUAUUCAUUUACAGAUUUUGGUAGAACACUGCAAUACAGGACAGCUUUUCUAAUGUUUUUCCUUAAAUACUAUGUCCUAGGAAAGCUUAUUUAGGAUUAAUAUGGAAAGGUACUAAAGAAAAAAAAUCAAAGCUGUCAUGAAAAUUAAAUCAUGUUAUAUUUAUGUUGACCCUUCCUAGGUCAAUGUAAAAUAACAGUUUUUAACUGAAUCCUUUAGUUAAACUGUUUUGAAAGAAGAGAGUUUAGUUUCAUGAGAAUAAAUCUGGGUGAACCCAGGUACUACUUAUGUUAAUAAGAUGACUGAAAGGGAUUGAAUCACAAUAGGAUUCAUGUGCAUGUCAAAUGUUUACCCUUUGGGGAUAUCUGAAAUAUGCCAUGUUUUCAGUGAUAGAGCUAUGACUCCAUUGGAACAUAAUGUGAUACUAGAUGAUGCUGUGUUAGAUACCUCCUCUGGAAGCAGUCACAGGCUGUGUCUCUUCCAGAGGCUAGAUCAAGUAUCCUUUUCAGUAUUUUAUUUAGCUUACUUAGGUAGAGACUUGAUACAGUAAUUUCUUUUUUUUUUUUACUAAGUGGUGAAUUCAUGACUGGCUUUUAAAGAAUGCACAUAUGUCAUUUUACUUUCAAAAUGCAUUGGAUUUUGAAAUUGAAUUAAGAAGCUGUUUAGACAUGUUUAGAGGGAUGAUUACAAAUUUGGAAAUUAGCUGCCCUGGGUUAUUUUUUAAGUCUGCUGUAGAAAACUUUGAACCAGCUAUCAGGAACCUGGAAACUUGAUUAUCUUUUUUCUUUGAAGUGGAAAAAGAGGAAAGUUAGAACACACACACACACACACACACACACACACGUCUCCAUUCUUUCCUCCUUUUUAUAGGAUUUCAACAAUGAACAAUUCUGGGGCACUACUAGCAAGUCCUUCUGCCGUAUUCCAGCAAUAUUUUUUACUUUUGUUUGCCCUGAUUUACUUAACAACAUGCAAAAAAGCUUGCUUCUUGGUAUUAUUGCUCUGUUCAGAAAAAUCUUACUGAGAGAAAUAAAAGUAGAUUAUCUUAAGACCAAAAAAGUGCUGCCACUAAUGAAAAUAGAUUCCCGUUUUACAGUUGUACAGUGUAUCAUAUAAUGGUAUAACUUAAAAUUCAGGGCAUAUGCCCACAGUCAGGAUGGGGCCCCCUGCAAUGGUUAGCCAAGGAGGUGGAAGAGAAGGGUCUUCAUAGUAUAUGUAUACCAUUUUACAGGAUGAUCAGUACCCAUACUCCAAGAACCAGCCUUCAGUGACUGUGUUUAGCCAACCUAAGAGGAAUCCCCAAGUUUAUACUUGAGUCUGUCUAAGGAACUUCUGUGGGGUCCAUCUGUUAUCACUGCUAGUAGCCAUUCUAGGACCCUUGUAUGAAGAUCUCAAGGAAUUUACAACCUCACUCUCAGAGAAUACCUCCAGCUAGGCCAGCUAGCCGCUCUCUUUACGUAACUGUCAGUUCCUGGGUAUCAGCUCUAGCUAUUUCAUAUUGGUAGAAAAGCAGCUGAAGUGCUGCCUCUGGACAACCUUGUUCUAGGCACUGUUUUGCUGACCCACAUUGUUCUGCUAAUGUUCACUGAUGAGUGAAUUCCCUGUUCUGCCUCUAUCAUUCAAACCCUUAAGUUUGUUCCUAGGCAUCUCUGUAGUUUUUGGACCUUCAAAAAUGCAAAGGAUGCUUUAAUACAUGACACUCACAGAAAGUCUCAUUUGUCAAGGUUUUUUUUUUUUAAUUACAAGUGUGUCAAUCCUGUUCUCUCUUACUGUUAAAUAGUAAGCUGUUCCACAGGUUGUAGCUGUACUAGGCAAUGGUUCAAGCUUUAAGGGUUUAGAUCAGUCACAGCAAAUUAAUGUGAUUCAGCUAUUAUGUUUACCUUCAUGUGACAGCAGCAAAACAUGAAUGGGGUACCAAUAACUAACUUCAAAGUGAAAGAAACUGGAAAAAAGAGGAGAAAUCAUAUAUGGAUACUAUUCUGGAGGCACUAUCGUCUUUUAAAACUCAGUGUUUAGAUACUUUAGGAAUUUUUGUUUUGCAUUAUUUUUAAAUGGAUAUGUUUCCACUAUUUCUUGUCCCAAUCCUUAUUUUUUAUGACUUUGGACUGUCUUAUGGGAGCAUCAUUCAGGUCUUGCUCAUAGUAGGCUUAUGUUGAAAUAAGAACUAUUGAACUCUGACUCCCACCCAAAAUGCUGUCUCGGUGCUUUUCUUAAUUGAUAUAUUUAUUAUUUAGUGCUUUCAUGACUUACCUCUUAGGAGCAUUAAGAUACAGACCUGUAUCCUUAGCUUUAUGAUAAUGGCACUUCUUGAGCCACUUAUUGUCAAGACAAAACUUUAUACUUUGUGUAUGUAAAGAUCUUUUCAGGGUUAAAUUAAAUGAUUGAUAUAUAAUAUAUAUUAAUAAAUCAUUACAAUAAAAAGAGAUUUUUUUUCCUAA